UUGAGUGAAUUCGCACUCUUUCAAACUUCAUCGAACUUAUUCAGUUUCAUUUAAUUUGUCAAACGUGGCGAAAGCACCGUACCUAAGUUUAGAAACUGAAAAGAAAAAGAAAUAAAUUUUUGUGUUCUGUCGCCUACUCCAUAAAGCGGGCGCUUGGAAUUAGCAAUUUUCACGUCGCAGUCGUGCUAAGAAAUGUUCAAAAAAGCGUAAUGCACGCGCAAAGUUGUUGCUAUGCUAACACAAAUCUAUUGCUUUUUUGCCUUCGCCGUCGUCGUUGCUUAAGUUCCCUAUUGUUGUGAUCCAGAAAUAUUGCUACCAUGGUAACGUGACGUCACACUUCUUUUCUCUGUAGGUCACCCAAAUAACACAGACUGAGCCAUUGGCACUACGUAAAACACUUAACAAAACAUUUUCCUUGUGGUUGCAUGGCGCUUUUCCUAUCUUUGAGACGUCAUCAAACAUUCACAUAUACAAACCGAGUUUAAGUAAUUUGGCCGCCUUAACCCUUAGAAUCCCAAUAUCCACAAACAUUUUCUCAUCUAGAGAAUUGGUUAAGUACCACUCAGUUUAUCAUCUACUCUUCUUCUCAUCUACUCUCAUCAGGGAUAUAUAUUCUGAUUACAUAGUGAUAUCAUCAAUAGAAAAUACAUAUUUGACACUCUUGGGGCUUUAAAAAAAAAAAACAAAGGGUUAAAGAGAUUCAUUGUGGGGCCACGUAGCCCUCAGAAUCUGAUCUUUUCACUGGCUUUUUACAACACGGCUGCUAGUGUUUUUCCCGCCAGGGGCAAUGUUGAUUUCAUCCAUCUUUAUUAGUUUUAUUAGCGUAAUUAGUACCCCUCCCCGGUCCCGUUUAGUCCUAAGAGUGACCAAGAUGCUUUCAAAUUUUAUGAAUUUCUCUCAACUAAUUCUUUAAGGAAAUUUCUGAACAUGGUAAACGGUCGGGAUAUCUGGACAUCGAGGCUCAGUAAAGGGUUAUAAACGACUCGUUCUAAGAACUUUCUUGCCCGUCGGAGUGUCAAAAGUGUAUCGUUUGGAGCUUAAAAAAAUACCACAUUGUCACAACAUUCCUGUUGACAAAAACAGUAAAACAUUGAUCUUCAUCCAUAGCAAACUGGCAUCAAUGUAAAAAGGGUGAUGGAUACCUGGACACGACAAAUGGGAUUACCGGUGGUCACCAUCACGCGCAUGGAUCAAGAGAAGGCGAGAGCAGAUCAAAAGCUAUUCCUUAUCACCCCUGGUGCGAAGCCCAACCAGAGUUCUCCUUUUGAGUAAGUGACGUCAGGUUUUCUAAUCUUUGUGAUGAGUCAAAUUUUUAAGGGUUUAAUUUAAAGGAAUAAGAUCACUUUCAACGCAUAUACUGAAGAUCCAAUAAUCACUGCAAAAACAGGCCCAAAAUAUGUCACUUUGUAGCUCUGUGCUCUCAAAGAACUUUUAAAAUGAUGGAAAAGUGUUUCUUUAUGCAUGCCAAUCUUCCGUUUCCUUAAUUCAAUUUACGCUAAAGUAUUUCUUUUAAAAUGACUUUCACUUUCUUAGUUAUGCAUGGAAUAUACCUCUAACUUAUAUUACUCAGAAGAAGAAGGCUACAGUCCAAGUUUGGAUGAAUAGAGGACCUGGUAAGAACUCCUUGAUUUAUGAAUAUUUGUGCUUGUAUGCUCACAGCUAUAUGUAAUGCCUGCCCUUUCAUAGCGUUUUAAUUGCAAUCUACGGCGUAAGGGGUCAUCUCAGUUUUAUUUUCAAAAAAGUGUUAACCAAAAAGAAGUAGCUAAACAUGGCAAAUUGAAUUGUUCUACACUGAAGCUCUUUGGUCAUCCACACUGGGGCCAAACUUGCCAAACUUUCCUCAAGGAUACGCGAAGAUACCUAAGGUAGUCAUGGGAAACUGACUUCUGUCUGAUAAUGGCAAAAUCUCAGGGAACUUUUCUUCAAGUUUUGUGUCCAGUUUCCGAAAUUUUGCCAAUUUUUCGGAUUUUAAAACCAGGGUCUCCGCGUCAGAGAUUUUGAAACUCUCUAGUACCAUUCGUACUGUCUUACCGCCAAGAACCAUGGAACCAGAUAUAGUUCAAGUAAAAUGCACCAACCUCAGGCAACCACAGUAAUAUCUAUGAAUAAAAAAAUCCAGAUGAAUAGACAAACCUUCCAAAAAUAUAUAAAUGAAACGAAAACAACCACAACUUAUUCCUCGAAAUCUUUUUCAGCUACACUAAACUGGGCCUCCUCUGACGGUUGGAUCAAAGCUAAUGUUGAUCAGAUUGGAUAUUACCGAGUAAACUACGAAACAGAGAACUGGAAGUCUCUUUACCUUCAGUUACAAUCUGACCAUAAAGUAAGGACUAAUAUACAUCCAACAGGCAGGUUAUGGAAAACUCUUGUUAAUUCAGAUUUUGAAUAUUUUUUUAGGAAUAUAUUGACCUUUUUAAUAUUUGUCUCACUGACAAAAAAAGGAGUUGUCCAAAGUCUCUAGAUGUUCUAAAGGUUUCUUGAAAAUUUGGACCCAAAAAAGGAGAUAACUAAUUAAAGGUGAUAAAUUACGGGACAGCACUAGAAUAAAGGAACCAAAACUAGGAACAGUCGAACCUAUAUUAACCGGCAAAAUACCGCAGUCCCGGUGGACAAAGUUGUUAGUAAAGCAUAAAAUAGAACCUCUAUUGGGUAUUUAACUUUUGUUGAGCUGCCCUUAACUUGCGCAGUCACCUUGCUAGAGGGCAUAAGACACAGCGAGGCAAGAAAAACAGCGCGAUUACGUCAGUGAACGCUAAUUAGUCAUUUGAAAUCCAACUAAAGGUUUAAGGUUAUGCAAUGCAAAAUUUGGCGGGGGAAGGGAGAGGGGAGGAAAACAACUGAGACAGAAGGUGUAUUAUGGAAGAUGCACAAAUCGGGGCAAACUUCCCUCUGCCAGGAUUAUUCUGGAUCGUUUGCUCUCCAGCAAGGUCUUUAAUUUUAACAACAUGUAAUAAUUUAACUGCAAAGAACCAUUACUCACGAGUUUACAACUUUGUUUGAGGCCUUGAGUGCCACUGACCGGUCAGGAUUGAUGGAUGAUGCUUUUCAUUUGGCAAGGUAACGUAUGUUGUUGUUACAAUGGCUGUAGAUACAGAUUUAUUUAUUCAUUAAGAAAAAACAUGAUGAUUUCUUCAACAUCUCCCUUUUCUCACGGCUUCUAUUUUUAUUGCCUCAUUUUGUUCCCUCAGUUUUUCUCCUCCGUUGGUUGCUUUUUUAGCUGUACUGACUUGUUUGCCUCGGUAUCUCUAUCUAGGAGCAAUCUGCUGGAUCAAACUAUCGCUUUGGAUUUGACAAAGUACAUUAUUCACGAAACAGAUUAUGUCCCAUUGAAAACAUUCAUACAAAAUAUGCUUUACAUCGGCAACAAUUUAGCACUACGAAAAUCUUACGGAUUGUUCAAGGUAAAGAUGUGAAUUUUUUACGUUUAAGUAGUUAAUUAUCAGGUUAAUUAUAGUAAAUUUCUCCCUUAUCCACUUACUCAAUCUAAAUUGUUAGGUUGAUAUUUCGGUAGUUAAUUGUCGUUAAUGAACAAAUUAGGAAAGAUUCAGACUAGUGCCGAUUUUGUAAACAAUCAUGUAACUUCAAUGAAUCAUGGGCUGAAAUGUUCUAAAAACUAUGGUCACAAAAUUCAUUUGAGAUGAUUUAUUCAUUUAAAGCACAAAAAUUGAACGUUUUUUGCCAACAUGCCUGUAAAGCCCUUCUCAUAUUAGUCCUGAUAGAUCAGUACUAAAAAUUUGCCGAAAUCCCAAUUAUGAACUUAGUUAGAAAAACUGUUUUUUAUCAAGAGAAUAUUAUGGAAUAGAGAGGGAAUCUUAGAGCACUGACUGGGAUAUGUGAUUUCACUUAAGUUAUUUUUAGAGGUUGUAAUUAAACGGGUCUAAAUCCUGAAAACGUCUGAAAAUUUUAAUCAAGUCUAGAAAUCGAUCAACUCCUCAAAGCAAAAAAUGCAGAAUAUUUGUAACUUUGGUGAAAUUCACAUUCUCCCAAGUAGGGCUAGACGUUUCCCUCUCAGUUUCCCAUUCCUCAUUAAUUAAGGUACGGUAAAACGGGCAGCAAAAAAACGUGCAACUUGUUUUGUAACAUGGCUGCAAAACGAGUUGAAUAGCGAUAUUGUGCGUUCUACCACUUACAUCAAACCGGUCUUGCAAUAAAUAAGUUGGUUGCAAGGGUAAAACAAGCCUAUUUAACUCGGUUUGCACCAAUGUUGCUAAACAAGUCACUCUUGCACGUUAUUUGUUGCCCGUUUUACUAGAGCUUUAAUGGGUUUGGAAAAUUGAGCCCCUUUAUAAUAAGGUGAGUAAUACUAGGCGUUGCUUCUCGUUGCCUCAGAGGUACAUGUUGCAGCAGCUUGCUCCAGCUAUUAAGCGACUGGGAUGGGAAGAUAACGGAUCUCACCUGGAUAAGUAAGAAAAGGAAAAAACCCUUUCACUCCAUUAAUACAAAUGUGAUUUCUGAAUUAUGUAUAGCCUAAGAAACACAUUUUAAGCACAAUGUUAACCAAUCAGAAGCACUGUCCAGAUCUGGGUAGUGACGCGUCAUCAGUAUGGAAUUUCUGCGCUCGUUUCUCAGACGUCAUUUCGCGGGAAACCAGUGGUGACGUCGCGAAGUGUUGCCUGUUUCCUUAGGUUAAAUAAUGUACAGACUGAGAAAAUUGACUGCAUGGGUUUUGUCAUACUACCAUGUAUCUGUUUAUGAAUUGUACUCAUAAACUUAUACAACUUUUUGCUGUUGCGUGAGUUUUCAACAAACGCAAAUUAAGGUAGCUAGACUUGUUUUUAGGGUGGCUUUCUCUUAAAUUCGAGUAUUUACCUCAUCGGCAUUAACAAAGAUAUCAGAAAGAGGAUACCACAUGCAUUAAACUUUUAUUAGUUUGCAGCUUGUGAUCCAUGUUUUAUUGACAUAGGAGUAGCAAUAGCAACGUAACGACGCCAUUACGUUUUUUACAUGCCUUUGUAUUUCUCGGUACCAAGAGCUUUUUUAAUUUUGCUUAACGGAGCUUUUACCUCCUUUAGUUGCCUCGAUUAUGGCGAAGUUUAAACAUAUUCUGUGGGAGGGUUUUGGAAAUAUUUUGAAGAACGCUUUUAAGGGUCAUAAAAACAGUGAAUAAAUAAUUAUGCUAUCGACAUAAUUGGCUAAUAUCUAGAUAAAAAGAUGAGGCAUGGAAAUGCGGUUUCAUCUCACAGUGGUUUUAUUAAAAUAAUUUGAAACUGUAUACUAUACUAUAUAAUGUAUAUUAUAGGGUCGCUUCGGCCGAUUGCGAGAAAGAAGAAUUUGAUUAGUGUGUGUUCGGCUGCUUUCAUUACCAUUUUUCUAUUUAAUUUGGUCCAUUCCUACAAAUGUCACGAUAAUUUUAUAAACCGCUCCAUAAUUUUUUUAAAAGCUUGACAAUCCCGAGAAUAGGUCAUCAAUUUAUAUUGCCUCCAAGUUCCAAGGACAUUGAAAAUAAGGACAGCCAUUAAAUGGGUCUUCAAAUGUCACAAUUUUCCCCACCCCCAAAGAUUUGGUGGGUUAAAGUGAACGUCCUCAUUAUUCACUGAGAUAUUGUUUUCAAAUUUCAUAUUCACAUGCACAACUUUAAGCAAAAAAAAAAAAAGAAGCUAAUUUGCAUUCCAAGGUUUUGGUCAUGGUUCCCAAAAAUACAGCCUGGCUGUACUUAUGUGGAUUCACCUGUGAGUGCUAUAAUAAAUGUUUAUCUAAUACUUAUUUGGCUUUUAUUUCAUUUUUCAUUUUCAUUUGUCGUAGGGUGCGUUUAAAUUAAUUCAUAUUAUUGCUAUAAUUGCUUUGCAGACUUCUGAGGCCAUACAUUCUUUCCACGGCUUGUUAUUGUUCAGACAAAGCAGUUAUAGCCAAGGUCAAGGAGAUGUUUCAGCUCGCAAUGGAGGGUCACUUGUAUGUAUAAAAACCCUAACUAUUUUUCGCGCCAUGUAAGGGAAUCCGGAUUAAAAAUUGUGGCCUUCCCUGCUCAAGUUUUUAACCCUUGAUAAAUCACUGUUCUUCGCGUUUUAAGCAUUACUUGUGCUCUGUUAAUAGAUAACCAAGGAUGAGAGGAAACAGGGCUGUGAGCAUCCUGCCUAUGAGCUUCAGUUAUUCCGUUUUUUUUUUUGCAGCAUUGCAUCAAAUCUCCGCUCCCUAGUUUAUUCUAUGGGUGUCCGUGAAGGUGGUGUGAAGGAAUGGAAUCAAGUUUAUGACAAGUAUAAGUCGACAAAUAUUGCUUCAGAAAAGGCGAUUCUUUUAACUUCCCUUACAUGCACCAGGAAUCCUCAAAUGAUUGAAAAGUAAGGCUUUAUUGUAAACACAUGAAGAAAUUAUUUUGAAAAGAAAUUUUGGAUUUUCUAAUUGAACACAAUCACGAGAACGGGUCUCACCACGCUUAAAUCAGUGUACCCGCGAGAUGCAUUUUAUGAAAAAGAUAGUGACACGAACUUCAUUUAUGGAUUUCACGUUCUUUUCGAAAGCUGCUAAAUUUAAAAAAUAGACAACAAUUUUCUAUGAUCUAUUCUUUUAUCAUCAUUUCUAGUAUAGAUAAUAACAAUAAUAACAAUUCAUUCAAACUUGAGGGGAAAAGGAAUUGUACUCAAAUAAAAACAACAACAACGCGAAUAGAAAUUUAAAAAAGAAGAAGAAAAAAGGUACAGUACUAAAAACAAGAAGAAAGAAAAGGAAAAAAUACAAAACAAAAAAAACAAACAAAAAAAAAACAAGUAGUGUACUUAAACCUUCCAUCGGGGAAGUAACACUACCUUCUAAGUUACAAAAAAAGUGUUUGGUGCAAAGGGACAUAAAAUAUAUGGGUAGCCUUUUUUCCACGAGUGAAGAACGUCUUAACAAAAUUACAACAGAGAACCUCUACCACACCAAGAGGCUUCAAGCCUCUUGGUAUGGUAGUACUCUGGAAGAAAAAAAAAACAUUAAGUUCAUGGAUAUAGAUGAAGCCUAACCAUAGAAAUCGGAGAAACCCUAUAGCUAAGGCAUUUCAUUCGUUAAGACUUGUAGACAGUUUCUUUCAAGCGUCUCCCAAGAACUUAACUUUAUCAGAGUAGAUUGAAUGAUCCCGAAAAAAAACUGCGAGUACUGGUCUAACUUAGCGUUGACUUAAUAGCUAUGGCAUCUUUUGCGAAGAUUUCGCCAAGAGCUCUUUUUGUCUCGUAUGUUUCUCCGUUUUGCGUGCUUGUAAACAGCUAAACGUUUUUAGUAAAUUGCAACUAGUGGUCUAUUAUCAAUGCUGCGUUCUGAUUGGUUGAGCUACUACUAGGCUAUACGUUAUAGCCCAUUAGUAGCGAAAAGCGCGGGCUUUUUGGGGACAAAAAGGAUUUAAGUCUAGCUUUAACUAGCUAAACUUUUUUUAUUCUCGAUAUUUUUGACCAACUAGUUGGAUUUUACUAAAACAAUUCCUCUCGCCCUAAUGGCCUCUGAGUCAAAAGCCCAUUCGGCCUUCGGCCUCAUGGGCUAUUGACUCAGAGCCCAUUCGGGCUCGAGGAAUAAUUGUUAAAAAGGCGCGCGCCAUAUUGGACUACCCUGCGAGUAGAGGCUACUUUUGUAGCCUCUGCUCGCAGAGUAUGUUGGGCAACGCAGAGUAUCAUGGGCAACGACCUAUCACGGCGCGCGUAGCUUAUCUUGUUUGUUGUUGUUGUUGUUUUUUUUAUGACAUGUCAAAAGGACAUAGAAAUAUUAUGAAAAAACCAACAAUAAAACAAUCACUGAAUUCCGCUUUCGUAUGAUGUGAAUCUCGGAGGCUUUUAUCCACCUCGGCCUCUCCUCUUUCUACAUAUUUUUUUUUCAUCAUAUUGUUAAAUCGACUAUAGCCUUAGACCCAUCAGCGCCCGAGGAAUCGCGCAGUUUUAUCUGGACGUCCCAGUAGAAAGCAUUAUUUACUGGAUGUCUAGUUUAGUUUCUUAAACGACAUCUAGUUUAAUCACUGUUAAUGAAUGUUUAGAUAAUGUCUUAAAUAUUUCGAAUAUACUUGGCGUUUAAAUCGGUCUUAAUUUAUCAUCUUAUUAUUCUCUUUCGACGAUCAGUCUUUUUUUACUCUUUUUAUCUCAAGCUUAUUUUGAAAUGUCUCUUUGUCACUUUUUAUCUAGGACUCUGAAUUAUUCACUGGAUAAGGACAAAAUUGGUUCUCAGCAAACUCUCACGGUAAUAUCACUCUUUGCAUCUAAACCCGAAGCAUGGCGGAUGGCCUGGGACUUUGUACUUCGUAAUUGGAACUAUCUUUACAAAAGGUAUAAAUGGUAUUAAACACAUUACCGCCGGUUUGCCUUUGAUCUAAUCAUAAAUUUAGAUUAGUGAUCAGUACUUUCUGAAUUCUCAGUUUGAUGAUGCGAACUGAGACACUUGUCUUUUCUACAUUUCACUUUGAUAAUUCGGUUAUUUUUUUUUGGUAGUGCGCUUGUGACUUUUUAAAACCAUUCAGGUCACUCGAGAAAGAGUCGCUCUGGUUAUUAAAAGAAAGCGAAGACAUAGAUUUUGAGCUUUUGCUAUCUGAAUACUUCAUGUAUUGGAAUAAGUAUCUGGGUGUCAAUCGAUGUUGAAUACAGUCGGUGAUACAUGUUGCUCUUAGCCGCUCCAGUAACUUGAAACGGAACACCACCAUAGCGACUCACUACGGCAUGAAAAUGCACACGGAUCUUAUCUUGACCAGUCUGUAUAUUAACUUAUUUUAUCGCAGUAGUUCUUGUCUUCAAGAGUUUAUUGGUUCCUUCUUUGAUCGUUGAUUGUGUGAAAUGAAAACCAGUGAUACAAAGUAGACUCAGGCUAUGACUCAUGAAAACUAUCUUCCACACUAGUGAGCACCUAACCCGAGACACCUAAUCAUGUGCACAUGAAUCUUCAAUUCCAGCUGCUACACGUACAGCUCCUAAUUACUGAGUGACAACUAGCGCAAUGCACAGUUUUUAUUAAAGCUAGUGACGUGACGUUUGGCACUAUAAAUGUUGUUGUAUCUGAUCAAUUCCAAUGACCCUACAAUAUCUUCCUCUCAGGUACGGGACUGGAAAUGGCUGGUCAAACUUGAUUACCUCCUUGAUGACCAAUUGCAACACAAAAACCCAACUUGAUGAGGUAAAAUCAGUAUUCUAGCUAAAACGUCAAUAUUUGAGUUUACCAAUUUAAUUUAUCAUCUCUAUGCCAAUGUCCUACUAAAGUACAUUUUAAGGUACCACCUUUCUAUUAUUGAAAGAAUAUUGAACAGAUUAUGAGAUCUCUCUAAAAAGUCAAAAGUAUUGCAAUUUCUGGACUCUCCAAGUGGCAAGCAGCAAAAAGUGCGGCCGUAGACAUCCCCUCAACUUUACUAACAUUUUCAGAAGGUUAAGUUGAGAACUUUUUACCAAUUUCACCGGUGUUCUAGUUUUAUCCAUGCAUGUAGCUUGAGAGGGAAGGUGAGGAUUGCUGACUAUUGUUAUGCAAUUAUGUGAUAUAAGAUUGUUUCCCUGAAGUAAAAGUGCAACGGAAGCUAUGUUUUAAAAUUUAACUCCUUCAAUGUUUUUAUGUCUUCAGUUAAUGGAAUUUUUCAAGGGCUACUCCUCUACUGCUCUUGGGUAUCGUCAGGUUCAUAUGGGAAUGGAACAGAUUCGUGCCAAUAUCAUGUGGCUUAGUGAACAUGAGGAAGAAGUGGCUGCUUGGUUUAAACGAAUCUUUUAACUAAAUCGUUCCUGUGGGAGAUAAAGACAAACUUUGUAGGAGAAUGCUG